AUGCAGUCCGCCGUCUUGUUGCUUGCCUGGAUGGCUGGUGCCUCUGCAUCGGCCAUCCCUGAUCUGCAGCCGCAGCAGCGGCCGUUGUGGCCUGGUCGACCCGUGAGCGCGUUGUCCAUCUCUGAGCACGUACAGCAACCGUUGCAAGAGCAUAAGGUACCGGCCCAAGGACCUCAUGGCCGUUUUCUCCACAUUACCGACUUCCACCCUGACCCAUACUACAAGAUCGGCUCGUUGGUCGAUGAAGAUGAGGGGACGUGCCAUCAUGGCCAGGGCACCGCGGGACGCUUUGGCACGCCAGGCUCGGAUUGCGACAGCCCCUUAUCGUUGGUCAAUGAGACAUUCCGCUGGAUCGAGGAGAACCUGAAGGAUCAGAUCGAUUUUGUCAUUUGGACCGGCGAUUCGGUCCGCCAUGACAACGACGAGCGCAUUCCCCGAACGGCUGAAGAGAUCGUCCAGCUCAACCAAUUUAUGGCCCAGAAAUGGAUCGAUCUGUUUGGUGUGCACGACCAGUCGAACGAUCCUAGUAGCGUGCCUCGAUUGUCGGUCCCCAUCGUUCCGACUUUUGGGAACAAUGACAUUCUGCCUCACAACAUCUUCCGAGAAGGCCCCAAUACCUGGACGAAGAAGUUUGCGGAAAUAUGGAGCCACUUCAUCCCCGAGGACCAGCGUCAUAGCUUUGUCGAGGGCGGCUGGUUCACGACUGAGGUGAUUCCGGGGAAGUUGGCCGUCAUUAGUUUGAAUACCAUGUACUUUUUUGAUUCCAACAGCGCGGUGGAUGGCUGUGCCGACAAGUCCGAGCCUGGCUACGAGCACAUGGAGUGGCUGCGGGUCCAGCUACAACUUCUGAGGAGUCGCGGCAUGAAGGCCAUCUUGAUGGGUCAUGUGGCCCCCGCGCGCUCGAAGGAGAAGACAAACUGGGAUGAAACCUGCUGGCAGAAGUAUACGCUGUGGCUGGACCGCUACCGAGAUGUCGUCGUCACAGGCCUCUAUGGACACAUGAACAUCGACCAUUUUAUCCUGCAAGACAGCCACAAGGUCGAUAUUGAUGCACUCUCAGACCAGUCCGCGGAUGAAACCAUCGGCAUUGCAUCGAAGGAGGACUAUCUAGUCUCCCUACGGGAGCAGUGGUCUUCGCUCCCAUCACCCCCAUCGGGUCUGUUUGAAAAACUGAAGGCCGGGUCUGUGCUUCUCUCCGAUGACGUUGAAGCGACCAAGAAGAAAAAGAGCAAGAAAGAAAAGAAGCGCGAGAAAAAAGAACGCAAGUACCUGAAGAAGAUCGGCGGACCAUGGGCUGAACGAUACAGUCUCUCAUUGGUGUCACCUAGCUUGGUGCCAAACUAUUUUCCGACCCUUCGAGUGGUGGAGUACAAUGUUACCGGCUUGGAUAGUUUGUCUCUCGAGGAUCUGGCCCUUUCGACCAAGACGAAUGAUUCGUCUCCUCGGGACAGUGAUUCAAGGCGAGAACCGAUGUCUGCCGACCCGUCUGUGCCGGAAAUCCAGAAGGGUAAAAAGGAGAAGAAACCCGACUUUAAAAUCCCCGAUCCACCAUCCUCUACGGCCCCUCCUGGCCCUGCAUACUCCAAUCAGCCCUUUAGCCUCCUCAGCUAUACACAAUACUUUGCCAACCUUACUCGGAUCAACGAAGAUGCUGCAUCGAGUGGCGAUGCGGAAACGCAGAUCAACUUUGAAAUCGAAUACAUCACAAGCGAAGAUGAUAUCUACCAGCUGGAAGAUCUCACGGUGCGCAGCUUCUUGGAGCUGGCGAUCCGGAUUGGCGAGGACAAGGAUGAGGCCUUGGGCAAACGGUUUCCCACUUUUGACCCCUCAGUGGCCAAGAAGAAGAACAAGAAGAAAAGGAACCCAGUAUGGCACACGUUUCUUUCACGGGCAUUUACUGGAUUUGUGGAAGAUGAUCUUGAUGAUCUCAACGCGGUUCCUAUCCAGUGA